AUGGAGUGACCAGGUUAUUACAAGAUUUUGUGUAAACGCGUCCAUUCCGGCACGACUGGCCGUUGGCAUCGGCGUUGUUAUUUUCAAAACGGACUGUGCACGAAAAUCACAGUCCGCCGGACUCGGGCGCCAUCUUGUUUUGUGGUGCUGGAAGAAGAACGCCUGUACUCCUUUCUCAAGCGGCCCCUUUUGAUCCUUCCGGUCGGAGUGGACAAGAUGUUCAGGCCAUCGAGUGCGGACGCGAGUGUGGAAGUGACUCUUUUUUGA